ACAACUGUUUCACUGUCAAUUAUUAACGUAAAGUGUUCGCGUUAGUGUUUGACAAAAGUCCAUUUAGGAGGGAAGUAAAACCUCAGACUAGGAAACUACGCGACCCAUAAUGCACCGCUCCUGAAGGGUCAAAUCAGAAUUUAAACGGCUAAUGCAGCAGACCAGUGCUCAACAAUCCUGAAAACUCUUCAACAGACUGGAAUAUUUAGCUCGGUCGAAGCUUGCGGGUUGUGUGAGUCUAUUAUGUACUCACCGAGUGGGUCAGUGUGGAUUUAUCGGGCGGACUCUUUAUUUUGUGCCAUGACUUCGCCGGUUUUUGUCAGUUAGCGUUGCUAGGCUAAGCUAACUCGUUGCUAACUGAGCUCCGGGAGCUCGUGUGAUGACUUUCAGACUGUGGCUUCUUUGUUUUCUCCUUCAGAGAUGAUUUAACUUCACGCAGGUUACGACAGAGAUGCUAUAUUUGCCGUAUUAACAGAAAUUAUUGAGUUUUGGAACAGUUAAAUCUCUAAAGAGCUGCACACAUCGAGGUGAGGAGACCAUGACCCUCGCCCCGAAGGAGCUGUCCAACCUGCUGAGCAUCAUAUCUGAGGAGGCUUGCACCAACACCUUCGAGAGCCUCUCCACCCACUUCCACCAUUAUUUCGGGAAAGCGGAGCACUUCAGGGUGGGCUCGGUGCUGGUCAUGCUGCUCCAGCAGCCGGACCUGCUGCCCAGCUCCCCGCAGCGGCUCACCGCCCUCUACCUGCUCUGGGAGAUGUACCGCACCGAGCCGCUGGCCGCCAACCCGUUCGCCGCCGUGUUCGCCCACCUGCUGAACCCCGCACCUGCCGGGGAGGAGCCGGAGAAGGUGCUCUCCGGCUUCCUGCCUCCCAUCACUCAGCCCGAGAAGUUCUUCCUGUCCCAGCUGAUGUUGGCGCCGCCCAGAGAUCUCUUCAAGAAGACGCCCAGACAAGUGUCCUGCAUGGACGUUGGCAACAUGCCUCAGUCUAUAGACAUCAGUGGGCUGCAGCUAGCCUUAGCAGAGCGUCAGUCAGAGCUGCCCACUCAGAGUAAGGCCAGCUUCCCCAGCAUCCUCAACGACCCAGAUCCAGAUUCAUCCAACUCGGGAUUCGACAGCUCCGUGGCCAAUCAGAUCAUAGAGUCUCUGGUCACAGGGCCCCGCCCUCCACUGGAGAGUCACUUCCGCCCGGAGUUCAUCCGGCCGCCGCCUCCUCUCCACGUGUGUGAGGACGAGCUGGCCUGGCUGAACCCCACCGAGCCGGAUCACAGCGUCCAGUGGGACCGCUCCAUGUGCGUGAAGAACAGCACCGGCGUCGAGAUCAAACGCAUCAUGUCCAAGGCCUUCAAGAGCCCGCUGUCGGCCCAGCAGCAGUCACAGCUGCUGGCCGAGCUGGAGAAGGACCCGAAGCUGGUGUAUCACAUCGGCCUGUCGCCGGCGAAGCUUCCCGACCUGGUGGAGAACAACCCGCUGGUGGCCAUCGAGAUGCUGCUGAAGCUGAUGCAGAGCAGCCAGAUCACAGAGUACUUCUCGGUGCUGGUGAACAUGGACAUGUCGCUGCACUCCAUGGAGGUGGUCAACAGGUUGACCACGGCUGUGGACUUACCUCCAGAGUUCAUCCACCUGUACAUCUCCAACUGCAUCUCCACCUGUGAGCAGAUCAAAGACAAAUACAUGCAGAAUCGUCUGGUCCGCCUGGUCUGCGUCUUCCUCCAGUCGCUCAUCAGAAACAAGAUCAUUAACGUGCAGGACCUCUUCAUCGAGGUUCAGGCCUUCUGCAUCGAGUUCAGCCGCAUCCGCGAAGCUGCCGGCCUCUUCCGGCUCCUGAAGACCCUGGACACCGGAGAGAACCCCGCCGAGGCCAAACCUGCCAAGUAACGACCGUCAGACGCUGCACAGACACGAGUUCCGAACACGAAGCCACUUUUUAAAAACGUCAGAGGGACGUCGGUCCGCUCGACCAGAAACAUUCACGUGUUUGUGACAGCGGCGGCGGCCGCUGGUCACAUGACGGCUGUAAAUACGUGCUGACGUUUCCUUCAGACUUUAAAAUCCUCUUUUCAGUCACUGCUCAGCGUCUGCGCUCCAGCUCUGCCUCUGUCGCCAUGUCCUCCUCCGUCUUUUCCACGAGAAAGAAAAGGAUGAACUCGUUUUGUUUUUUACCGCAGGUCUUUCUUCUGGAAAUGUCUUUUUUCUCUAAUUAAACUGACGUUUAAUUGA